AUGUCACCACGCGUGGGUGCUUCGACGCCGCAGCUGCAGAGCAGCACAAUCUUCAUAUCAAACUUGCACUGCCCCUCAUGCGUAAAUAGCAUAGUCGAGGCCCUCAACAAGCUGGACCCCGCUCCGGUUGCCGUCUCUCAUUCGAUUGUGUCCCACUCUGUCACCGUCCGCCACCACCCUGAAUUGUCCAACGACACCAUAGCAAAAGCUCUGGAGUUCGCGGGCUUCGAGGUUCACAGUAUCUUCCAGGACAGCAACGCUCUCGGUACUGAGCAGAUCGCAUCUCCCGUCCUGCCCAGCGGCGAGUGGGAGAGCAGCUUGGAACAGGCCGUCCAUAAAUGGAGACAAUCCUGGAGGGAGUCUUGGCGCCAAAGCAGAAUGCCUGAUAUGCAACAGAUGGAAAAGCACCUCACAUGCUGUGCCGAGUGCGCCGCUGGAAAGGACUCAAGCGCAUCCAAGAAAAGAAGAACAAAAACUUACGAUGAGAAGGAGAUCGAGCUGGAUUCGGUCGGCCUUGUCACUGAAGCGGCGAAGGAGCACGGCGACAUUGAGAAACAAAGCAUUGUUUCAGACGCUCCCAGUAGUUUGGAAUCGAUUGUCGUAGCUUCGCCCCAAGCACCUCAACUUUACCAGGCCUCGAUUGCCAUCACUGGAAUGACAUGUUCCGCUUGCACAAACGCCAUUACUCGCCAGGUUGAGGAGCUUCCUUACGUUCGUUCAAUUGCUGUGUCUCUUAUGACACACAGCGCAUCCGUGGACUUCGAAGGCAAGGACAAUGUCAGCAAUAUCAUUGAGACCAUCGAGGACACCGGUUUUGAUGCCAGCCUGGAUAAUGUUAAGGAGCUUAGUUCCCCAAAGAAAUCAGUUCAGCAGUCAGAUUCCGACAAAUGGAGGGCGGUUUUUGCCGUUGGAGGCAUGACCUGCAGCGCUUGUACGAACAGCGUAACGGAUGCACUGAAGCAACGCGAUUGGAUCGAGACCGUUGAUGUCGUUCUGAUCUCAAACAGUGCAACUGUCGUCUUCGACGGCAAGGAGCACUUGGAUGAGAUCAAGGAAGCCAUCGAAGACGUUGGUUUUGAGGCCACCCUAGACAUCGUCGAGAACCUUGAACAAGAGCGUCCGGAAGAUGUCGAAAGGCUUAUCACAAUCCGCAUCGACAACAUGUUCUGUCAACACUGCCCUACGAACAUUGUCAACGCCCUGGAACGACACUUCAAGGGAACGGUCCAGAUCGAAAAACCGCCUACGUUCGACGACCCGUUGAUCGAGUUAAAGUACAUCCCGGCUUUGCCAAAGCUGACAAUCAGAGAAAUUAUUGCUACUAUAUCGGAUGUUCACCCAACCCUCUCACCCUCAGUCUACCACCCACCUACCCUUGAGGAGCGAGCAAAGCAAAUGCAUGCUCGCGAAAGAAGUAGGGUGUUAUUCCGACUCGGACUUUCGAUUACCGUUGCGAUUCCUACGUUCAUAAUCGGUAUCGUCUACAUGAGCUUGGUAUCUGCCGAAAAUUCAACGCGCAUGUUCCUGAUGGCGGACAUGUGGUCCGGUAAAGUCAGCCGCGCUCAGUGGGCGCUCUUUGUUCUCGCUACGCCAGUCUACUUCUUUGCGGCGGAUAGCUUCCACAGGAGAGCAAUCAAAGAAGUUCGAGCCCUUUGGAGACCGGGAAGCAAGACGCCAAUCAUUCAAAGGUUCUAUCGAUUCGGAAGCAUGAACAUGCUCAUGUGCCUGGGAACCAGCAUUGCUUACUUCGCGUCGAUUGCCGAACUCGGCCUUGGCGCUUGCGGUAUGCAUGUGGGAGACAGCGACUACUACUUCGAUUCGGUGGUUUUCCUGACAAUGUUCAUCUUGAUUGGACGAUUUCUUGAGGCCUACAGCAAGACGCGAACUGGCGAUGCAGUCACUGCUCUUGGAAGCCUUAGACCCGAUGAAGCAAUCCUGGUCGACACCGUCAAGAUGCAAGACCAAAAAGUCGGUGUUGAUCUGCUCGAGGUCGGCGAUGUCGUACGGGUUCAACACGGCGCCUCUCCGCCUUUCGACGGUGUUGUGAUGGAUGCCGCUGCCAAGUUUGACGAGUCAAGCUUAACUGGAGAAGCUCGUCCUGUCAACAAGGACAUCGGCGACACAGUCUACGCCGGCACGGUAAACAAAGGUGGUCCGAUCCAAGUCCGGCUCUCUUCAAUUUCAGGCACCUCUAUGCUUGACCAGAUCAUCAAGGUCGUGAGAGAGGGCCAAACGCGUCGUGCGCCCGUAGAACGGGUUGCUGACAUGAUCACUGGCCACUUCGUCCCUUGUGUCACUGCAGUAGCCGUUACCACCUGGACCAUUUGGCUCUCUCUCGGUCUCUCCGGUGCACUCCCCGAAGAUUACCGGGGCGGCGACUCUGGUAGUUGGCCGCUCUGGUCACUUCGCUUUGCCAUUGCAGUUUUCGUUGUGGCUUGUCCGUGCGGUAUUGGUCUUGCUUCACCGACGGCUCUUUUCGUUGGUGGCGGUCUGGCUGCCCGGCAUGGUAUCUUGGUCAAGGGUGGCGGUGAAGCAUUUCAAGAAGCCAGCACUCUCGACGCCAUCGUGUUCGACAAGACCGGUACCUUGACACAGGGUGGAGAUCCAGCCGUUACUGAUGUCGAAGUCCUUGCCCAGGGUAACCCUGAAAAAGUCUACGAGCUGGCGGCACGACUCGAGGAGGGCAGCGGUCACCCCAUCGCAACCGCCAUCAUGUCUUACUGCGCGUCUCGAUCAUCCCAGCAGAACUUCCAGGUUACGAGCGCUGAAGAGAUUUCCGGUAAAGGCAUGAAGGCUGAGAUCAAGGUUCAAUCAUCAGGCGCUCGGAUUUUCAAGGCAAUUAUUGGCAACGAGGCUCUUAUGGCCGAUCAUUCGAUCGCCAUGGGCUCGGCAACGGCCGCUAAGCUUGACGAUUGGAAGCGCCAAGGCAAAUCCGUUGCCUUGAUGGGCAUCUGUACCUCAACCUCGGAGACUGGUGCCGAAAUGUGGACCCUUUCCGUCGCGUUCGCCAUCUCAGAUCCUCUCCGCCCGGAGUCUCUGCCCACCGUCACCUCCUUGCAACAACGCGGCAUCGACGUCUGGAUGCUCUCCGGCGACAACCCGACUACCGCGCACGCCAUUGGUGCCCGCGUUGGGAUCCCGCCCAGCAACAUCAUCGCCGGCGUGCUGCCGGAUCAGAAGGCCGAGAAGAUACAGUACCUGCAGAAGAUGCUGCCGCCCAAGGGCCGCGGCAAGAAGCGCGCCACGGUAGCCAUGGUGGGCGACGGCAUCAACGACUCGCCCGCGCUGACCAUGGCCGACGUAGGUGUGGCCAUCGGCAGCGGCUCCGACGUCGCCAUCUCCUCGGCCGACUUCAUCCUUGUGACAAGCCGCCUUGAUGCCGUGCUCACGCUCGUCGACCUCAGCAGGAUUGUCUUCAGGCGAGUGUGGUUCAACUUCGCCUGGGCGCUGGUGUACAACCUCGCCGCCAUGCCCAUUGCCGCGGGCGUGCUGUUCCCGGCCAAGACGGCCAGCGGCGCGCACAUCAGGCUGGACCCCGUGUGGGCGAGCUUGGCGAUGGCGCUCAGCAGCUUCAGCGUCGUCUGCAGCAGCUUGUUGCUCAGGAGCAAGAUCCCGGGCGUCGGCUUCCGCCCGAAGGUAUCUAGUCAGUAG